AUGCCUCACGAAGUAGUUCCGAAACCCCGCCACUGUAGGGCGUCUCGAGAUUUCAAGUCCACUCUUUACUUCGAGGUCUCCCGAGGCGAAAACAGACCGACGAACGACCAUGAAGCACGGCCUGAGCGGACGAAAGCUUCAGAGGACGUCCUCCCACCGACGUGCGCUCCUCAGAUUAUCACCUACGGCAAGCGCAACACCGACCCGUCAUACCGCUCGGCGCAGUCCUACCUCUUCCAGCCUGGUCACGUCUAUGGCUUCCCAUCAACACCUCAGAAGGUGGAGCCUCCCCUUCCUCCUGAGGCUCUUCUUCUGGACCAGCCUGAGAAGUUCCGUCCGACCACCAACCUGCUUCCGAAGAUCUUCGGUACUCUCCGUGAGCGCUACGCCGACCGCCCGGGAGGUUACACCCGCAUCCAGAGGUUCGGCAAGAGGCCGGGAGACAACGCCCCGGUGGCGAUCCUCUCUCUCGUCGACGGACCGCGCGACCUGCGAUUCGAGUUCACUGCCCGCGCGCUCGCCCGCGAGUUUGUCGCCAACGGCCGGACGGUCGAGGGUGUCGACCAGAUCAAGCGCUUCAUGGCCGACGAGAAGGCGCAGGAGUUCCUCCGACCGAAGACGAGGCUGAACCUCGGCAAGGUCAUGAAGUACCACCCGGAGCGCGCGGAGGAGUUCUUUGAGCUUGUUACCGACUACCAACCUGCUGCCACCUCAACUGUUACGAGUUGUACAGCUAACAUUCAGAACAAGCUGCGGGCGGAGGCCGGAGCUGUUGGCCACAACAGGGAAGCGCCCGACAGCGGGAUCAAGUUCCGCCCUCCGUCGUCGACCAAGCCGAUGGAGGGACGUCGCGCGCUUGCCGGAGAGCGCCUGUCGGGCAUGUCGAUCUCGCACUCUGGACUCGGCCUGGCGCGCGGUGCUCUCAACCGCCGCCGGCCCAACGCGGACCGAUCGCCUCGUUUCAUUACGGAGAAGAACGUACCCGUGUCGAACCUCGACGUGGACUAG